CUUUCUUUUCCGCUGUGUCACAGUUCACCACAGUCAGAGCAAAGAUGGCGUCGCUGAGUGACAAAUCAGUUUGGGAUGAAGUGGAAGAUGGAAUCGGCGAAGAAGUGUUAAAAAUGUCCACAGAGGAGAUCAUUCAGCGAACUCGUCUCCUCGACAGUGAGAUCAAGAUAAUGAAGAGCGAGGAGCUGAGAGUGACCCACGAGCUGCAGGCUAUGAAAGACAAAAUCAAGGAAAACACGGAGAAGAUCAAAGUGAACAAAACCCUUCCGUACCUUGUGUCCAAUGUGAUCGAGCUUCUGGAUGUGGACCCCAACGACCAGGAGGAGGACGGGGCUAAUGUGGAUCUGGACUCUCAGAGGAAAGGAAAAUGCGCUGUCAUCAAGACCUCGACCCGACAGACAUAUUUCCUCCCUGUUAUCGGGCUGGUGGACGCCGAGAAGCUAAAGCCCGGAGACCUGGUAGGUGUCAACAAAGACUCCUACCUCAUCCUCGAGACCUUACCCACCGAGUACGACUCCAGAGUCAAGGCCAUGGAGGUGGAUGAGCGCCCUACAGAGCAGUACAGUGACAUAGGAGGUCUGGACAAGCAGAUACAGGAGCUGGUGGAGGCCAUCGUCCUGCCCAUGAACCACAAGGAGAAGUUUGAGAACCUGGGCAUCCAGCCACCCAAAGGGGUCCUGAUGUACGGGCCACCUGGCACAGGAAAGACUCUCCUGGCCAGAGCCUGUGCUGCUCAGACCAAAGCUACCUUCCUGAAACUGGCCGGUCCACAGCUGGUCCAGAUGUUCAUUGGUGAUGGAGCCAAGCUGGUGAGGGACGCCUUUGCCCUGGCUAAAGAGAAAGCCCCAUCCAUCAUCUUCAUCGAUGAGCUGGACGCCAUCGGAACCAAGAGGUUUGACAGCGAGAAGGCAGGAGACAGAGAGGUGCAGAGGACCAUGCUGGAGCUGCUCAACCAGCUGGACGGAUUUCAGCCCAACAUGCAGGUCAAGGUGAUUGCUGCCACCAACAGAGUGGACAUCCUGGAUCCUGCCCUGCUCCGCUCAGGUCGUUUAGACAGAAAGAUCGAGUUCCCCAUGCCAAACGAAGAGGCCAGAGCCCGCAUCAUGCAGAUUCACUCCCGCAAGAUGAACGUCAGUCCUGAUGUCAACUACGAAGAGCUGGCUCGAUGCACCGACGACUUCAAUGGAGCCCAGUGCAAGGCUGUGUGCGUGGAGGCCGGUAUGAUCGCGCUGCGCCGAGGGGCCACAGAGCUGAACCAUGAAGACUACAUGGAGGGAAUCCUUGAGGUCCAAGCCAAGAAGAAGGCCAACCUGCAGUACUACGCCUGAGGACACUGUGUGUGUGUGUGUCUGUGUUUGUGUGUGAGAGAGUCUUUGAAUAUUAAACAGUUGUUAAGUAAACACUUGUAAAAGUUCCUGGUUAAUUUGGGUUAAUAAAAUGAAAUAAAAAUAUCACAAAUAAA